UUACUCUUCUCUGAAAUGUUGCCUUAAGUUACUUAAUAUGACAUUAAACAGAAGUUGUAUUUGAGCUGCAUUGGUGUGUUAACAUUGAGUGUCAUGUUUAACUAAGCCAAAUACAGCGUGCAAAGCCAUGGCAAACUUAGUUUAGACCAAAAAAAUUGUAUCUACAUGAAUACACAAUGAUUUUAGUGAAUAAUUACUGUUUUAUUUUUUGUAAUCUUGUUUGUAAAUGGUAAGAUUGGUUCUGUGUUCAAAAAUCUCUUUAAAAAAAAAAAAUCAAAUGGCGCACACUUUGACAAUUUGUGUCUAGACAAAACUAGUGACUCGUCUAAUAGAGCUCUUUUGCAUUUUAAUAUCUUCCUUUUUUUUAUUAUUGAAUAAUUCCUUUGUGUGUCCUGUUUAAGUAAGCAGAAUACAGUGUUCAAGGUCAUGGCAACCUGAAAUCAGUCCAGCAUUUAUUUAACACUGUUGAGAUUGGUUGGCGAAGACGAGUGAUUGAUUCGAAGCUGAGCAAAGGUCUGUUGUUUCAACUUUUCUGUAUGAAAGCAUCAUCGUAAGACCUGCUAACAGACACGUGGAUGCUGUCGAGUAAUGAAGAUGAAGCGAAUUCUGCUCCUGCUGCUCUGUUCUCUGUGCUUUGUUCAUGGCCUUGUGAGGUAAGAGAAUAUUCAAGAAUGGCUGUGUAGUGAUUUAAGAGGCUGAAGUUAAGGACUUGUGCAUAACAUAGUCAUGGGGUACAAAAAAAAAACAACGAAAUAAGAUUGAUCCUCAAAGUUAUGGCUAAUGUUUAAUAUUAACUCAAUUUUGCUUGAUACAUAUUUGAAACCAAGGGUGCCUCUGAUGAAGAUGUCCCCUCUAAGGAGUCAUUUAAGAGCAACUAACCAGCUGCAGGAAUUUCUGAAAGAUCACCAGCUGGAUGCUUUCUCUCGCCGCUAUGCCCAGUGUUACCCUUCCAACUUAGCGUCUCUCAAACCAGGCAAAGCAGUAGUGAGGCUCUUCAACUUCAUGGAUGCAGAGUACUAUGGACAGAUCAGUCUGGGAACCCCAGAGCAGAACUUCACUGUGGUAUUUGACACCGGAUCUGCUGAUUUGUGGGUGCCUUCGUCUUACUGUGUCAGUCAAGCGUGUGCUGCACAUCACAAGUUCAAGGCUGUGGAGUCGAGCACCUACGUUCACGAUGGCCGAAUCUUUGGCAUUCACUAUGACUCUGGACACCUACUGGGCGUGACUGCUAAAGAUACCCUGAGGGUGGGCUCUAUGGUUCUGCCGGAUCAGGUGUUUGGGGAGUCGGUGUACGAGCCAGGCAUGUCAUUUGUCAUGAGCAAGUUCGAUGGAGUUUUGGGCCUCAGUUACCCAUCGCUGGCUGAGGAGCAUGGAGAACCAGUAUUUGACAACAUGAUGAACCAGAAGAAACUGGAAAAGCCCAUGUUCUCCUUCUACCUCAGCAAGAAUAGCAGAAGUACUAAUCUGGGAGGAGAACUGUUGCUGGGAGGUAUGGAUGAAGAGCUCUUCAUUCGUCCCAUUAACUGGCUCCCAAUUACUCUAAAUGGCUACUGGCAGAUCAAAGUAGACGCAGUCAAGGUUCAAGGAAGUGCUACCUUCUGUCAUUCUCGCAGUUGCCAGGCGAUUGUUGACACAGGAACGACUCUCAUCACUGGGCCGACAGCGUACAUCCUGACCCUUCAGCAGCUCAUUGGAGCUACGCUUACUCCCAUAGGAGAGUUUCAGGUUGACUGCAAAAGGAUCAGCAGUUUGCCCGUGGUGUCUUUUGUACUUAAUGGAGUGGAGUAUUCCCUCACUGCAGAUGACUACAUCCGCAAAGAUAAAAUAAAUAAAGAAGACGUUUGUAUAAGUGGCUUUCAAGUGAUGGAUAUCGCGUCUCCAUUCGGUCCUGUCUGGAUUCUUGGGGACAUUUUCCUCUCACAGGUUUACAGUAUCUUUGACAGGGGUCAGAACCGAGUUGGCUUUGCUCGACUCUCUGACAAGGUCAAAAGUCUCCCUACUCAGUAACAGUGGGAGUCAGGCUCCCUCACUUCCUGGUUCUGA